AUGAGUUGGCGAGACCGAACAAACUUAUACAUCUCUUAUCGACAGUCCUAUGCACAUCAUCCGGCGAAGCGACCUCGUUUCGGAGGCGCAUCCAAUGGCUUCGCCGAUCAAUCCGACGAGACCCGCGGGCUCAUGUCGACCGGCGCGUACGACGGGGAUGGAGAUGCUGUUAUAGAGAUGGACCUCCUACCGCCUCGAUGGGUUGACGUGCAGGAGGAAGUUGAUGAGAUCCUGAAAGAGAUUACGUUUAAGGCUGCCAAACUGGACAAGCUGCACUCGAAGCACGUGCUACCAGGCUUCGACGAUGAGCACGUCAAACAGCAGGAGGAACGGGAGAUUGAAGCACUCACUCAGCAGAUCACCCGCGGCUUUCAGGAAUGUCAGAAAGCGAUUAAGCGCAUCGCGACUAUGGUUCGAGAAGCCAAGGACACGGGCAAUCUGGCCAAUGGCGACGAAACUAUGGCCAGCAACAUACAGAUCGCUCUAGCGUCUAGGGUGCAGGAAGUCAGUGCGACAUUCCGUAAGAAGCAGAGCAAUUACUUGAACAAGCUGCGGCAGCUGGGUGGCUUCGAAUCGCCAUCUGGCUUCGGACGGUCCGGCACGCCUGUGCAGAAUCCUUACUCUGACCCAGCGUUGAUGGAAUCGGAUGCCGACAAGUCCCUAUCUCAGUCGACUUUACAGCAGACGGCGCAGAAGCAGCUACAUAGCAAUGACGCCGUCAUUGCACAGCGGGAGCACGAGAUCAAUGAUAUUGCUAAAGGCAUCAUCGAGCUCGCCGACAUAUUCCGGGAGCUACAGUCCAUGGUUAUCGAUCAGGGUACCAUGCUCGACAGGAUCGACUACAAUGUCGAACGCAUGGCAACCGAUGUGAAGGGCGCCGAGAAAGAGCUUGUGGUGGCCACGAACUAUCAGAAGCGGAACACGAAGCGCAAGAUUUUACUACUGCUUCUGCUGUUAGUGAUCGGCAUGUUCGUCUUACUGUUGGUGAAGCCUAAAAGGAAGGCUGCGCCGGUAGAACCACCAGCCACCAACCCCCCUUGA